GUGGCGGGGCCGUUCCCGCGUGGGCACCGGCCGGCGAGCGCUCUCGGAAUCAGGACCCCCGUGACCCCCGGCCCCAGCGCCCCCAGCCCGGUACCGGCCGCAUGGAGUUCCCGGACACUCUCUUCCCCUCCUACUUCGGCGCCGGCCCGCUCCGGGAGGUGUGGGGCCCCGCUCCGGCCUCCGGUUGGGGCGAGCGCGGGCAGGUGCUGGAGGCUGGUCCCGGGCGCCGCCAGUGCGGGACGGCGUUCGUGCCCCGCCGCGGGAGGACGGGCGAGAGCUGGGAACCCGCCGAGGCUGCCGCCGUGCCCGUGCUGCCUCCCAACGCCGGCUGCUGGAUCCCCAUGCUCACACAGCAGGACAUCCCCUGCCGUGGCAUUCUGCACAAGAAGCUCCGGGCAGGCAAGUUCAGAGCUGCCCUGGACUUCACCAAACAGCUGAGCCAUUUCUUUGUGGAUCACCCAGAAGAUGUAUUUGGCUCUCUGGGGCAGCUGCUGCACAAGAACUUCUUCUUGGGUGACUCCAAGCUGACGAGAACAGCCCGGGACACCACCAUCCGGAUGACAGCCCUGAGGAAGGAUAUUGAACGUCUGGAGGCCAGGCGUGGCUGCACCCAGGAGCACCUCGUUCCCCGCCUGCGCUGGUUCUCUCACGUCUGUCGUGACUGGCUCUUUGAGGUGCCACUGGGAGUUCUGGGGGACUAUGUGCACGAGGAGCUGCUACUGCAGUGUGCCGACCUGCUCUUCAAUGACAGCCGUACUGGGGGGGCGCUAGCAUGGCUGCCCCCCGAAGACGCAGGAGCACGCACAGGCCGGCUGGUGUACCCCGGAGGACAGGCCAUGAACCACCUCUAUUUCCAGGACGUGGUGCUGGAGGAGCUGCCCCGUGCCUGGGGCUCCCCGGCGCAGUUUGAGCUCAAUGGGUGCAUCCGGCAAGUAGAUGCUGCCCGAGUGGAUGGGGAAGAUUUUGUUGGCGUCCGCUCAGACUAUCACUGUGGCAUUUGGAGGGUGCCGGGCAGGAUAGGGGCAGCCCCCACCCCGCUGCAGGUCAUCCGCACCAGCGUGCCUGCCUCCUGCCUCACCGUCAGCCCUCACCUCCCUGGGGAGCUGGCUGUCUGCACCCAGAGUGGAGCCGUCUACCUCUGGAGCAUCGAGACAGGGCUCCAGCGGCUCCGCCAUGACCCUCAGACAAUGUUUUUUCGGGAUCAUUCACCCUGGCGCUGGAGCGACUUCACUGCACACCCGCGGGUGCUGAGCUGCGCUGACCGCACCGGCCUGCAGUGCCUGGAUGCCCGGGCCCCCGAGAGAUGCCACUUUGACUUGUUCAAGGUGGGUGAGGAAGCCGACUGCCAGCAGGGCGAGCGUGUCAUGCUGCCCAUGUACCUGGGCAGGGCUCACCCCUCUCAUCACCUCGUCACCACCCAGUUCUCCGUGUAUGUGAUGGAUGAGCGGUUGCCACUGGUGCCCAUGCUGAAGUGGGUGCACAUGAUGAAAGCCCCCCCUCUCUUUGCCCACCUGACACCGGGGGAGUCUGGGAGGAGCCAUAAGGUUCUGCUUGGUGCAUCCAGCACCCAGGAACUGCUGCUGCUGCAAUACCAAGGGGGCAGCCGGUCAGCCUGCCAGCUGGUGGGGCCUCCACAGAAAUUGCACAGCAUCGCUGGCUGCCUGCAGCACCUGCCAACGCAGCUCCCACACCGCCACCACCUGCUCCAGCAGCGACUUGGUGCCCCGGCUGCUGGGCUGGCUGCCACACUACAGAAGGACAGGUUGCAGGAGUCGUUGCUGGUUUUCCAGCUCUCCGAGGCUGGGGAUGUCUUCUGCCAGAGACUGACGCACAAGAUGGCACAGCCCCCUGUGCCCACCUCCGUGGAUGAGACUGCAACAGCUCCCGGCUCUUCCCCUCUCUUUGAGGAUCCAGCCAGCAGCUCACUGGGCUCGGGCAGUGAGGAAGAAGAAGAGAAAGAGGAAGAGCAAGAGAAAGAGGAAGAGCAAACCUUCUACUUGUCUGACUUGGAGGUGAUUAGCAAUGAGGAGGAGGAGGCUGCAGGCACACCAGCAGCUCCAGAGGAAGCUGAACUGCCCCAGGAGCCCUGUGCCAGCCCGCAGCCCUCUCUGGCAGCACCCAGCCCGGGCGCAGUGCUGCGUUACCGCCGCUGGCUGAAGGCUCUUUUCAAGGUCUGUGGGGAGCCUCCCCGGCACUACUGGCUCCCCAUCCUCAGCCAGAAGCGCCUCUUCAUCCGCAAAGAGCUGCAAAGCCCAGCGGGCCCCACCACACUGCAAGGGCAGGUGCGCCAGCAGCUGCGUCAGGCCAUGCGGGAAAAGGGCCGCAUCCAGCGCUGGGACAUGCCCGGCGCCCUCACCCCUAGCCUGACACAGCACCCGGAGCUGGCAGAGGGGGUGGACACGCUGAGCACCCGUCUGACGGCAGCCUGGUCAGGGGACUGGGUCCAGUGGUGGGAGGCGAGGACGAGCUUCAGCAUGGCGCAGAGGCGGCGGGCACUGCGGGAGCGGCGGCGGCAGCAGAAGCGAGCCCGCAGCCGGUGCAGCCUUUCGGCCAGCUUCACCUCCUCUGUCACCUACCAGUCUGAGCUCUCGGAGCUGAGUGAUGCAGCCCCCCCGCCACUGUCCCCCGGCCCUCCCCCUGUGCUGGCCCAGGAGGGCUCCCCACUGCGCGGCAGCACCCCGGCAUCCCCAGCUCCCGACGAAGCCCUGCUCUCCUCGCAGAGCCUGCGCAGCCGCGGCAUCCCCAAGGAGCGGCGGAAGACGCUGCGGGACUACCUGGCGGUGUGGGCCGAGAGCCCCACUGAGCCCCCAGAGUCCCCCGGGAGCCAGGCCAGCCAACUCUGCAUCCCCUCCUCCCAGAGCCAGCACUGCAUCCCUUCCUCCCAGAGCCAGCUCUCCUCCGCCUCCCAGCCGCGACGCAAGCGCCCACGCAUGGGCUUCUGAGGGCCCAAUAAACCCGGCAAAGACCUGC